AUGCUGCUCAGCAAGACUUUGCUGUCGGUUCUCGGACUCGCAACUCUCGCCCAAGGUUUGGUCGUUCCUCUCGAAGUCCGCACUACCGACUCCAUCAACGUCCUAUCUUUCGACAGCUAUGCCAAAGAGACAGUCUUCCAACUCGGUGACGCCCACUACUUCUCUCCUCUUACUGAGAUCACCGCUUCGCUGGACAACAAGGACGCUCUGGCCUCGUCAGCCCCUACUCCUGCUGUGGUCAUCUCGCUCACCUCCUCGGCAUCGGUAUCGACCCUGACAGCCGUCCUUGCCGAGUACGCUUCCAAGGACGACGUCUAUACCGCCUCUUUUCUCUCCACCGUGAUCCUCCACUCCCCAACCUCCCUCUCUAUCCCCGCCGACACCAUCUCCUACCUCCUCGGCAAGGGCGCCGAGACGAUCAUCCUGAAGGGCAAGCUCUCGACCGCCUCGUCCAGCUCGGCGGUCAAGUACACGUCGACAACCGGUGCGCCCGCCCCGGGUCCUUAUCUCGCAGUCAAGGCUGAGGCCGGUAUCUCGCUCUAUCCCGUCUACAAGCUCGAGGUGGAUCCGUACAGGACCUUCACGGCAGGCGUGUAUGCUAGGGGAGAUGGGCAUGAGGCGCUAGGGAGGGUGACGACGGAGUCUGGGGAUCCAUGGGUACCAGUGCCGUCGAGGUUGUACACGCUGUACUCGGGCAAGCCUCUCGCAGGGCAGCGCCUGGCCGUCAAGGACAUCUACGACGUCAAGGGUGUUCAGACAGCAGCGGGCAAUCGAGCCUUUGCGGAGAUCUACCCAGUAGCGUCCGUCAAUGCGCCCGCAGUCCAGAAGCUGCUGGAUCUUGGCGCCGUCAUCGUCGGCAAGACCAAGACCGCUCAAUUCGCAUCGGGCGCAAGCACCAACGACGUCACCCUCGAAGUCCAGUACCCGUUCUCGCCCCGGUCAGACUUGUGGCAGUCGUGCGCGGCCAGCUCGUCCGGUUCCGGCUGUGCUGUAGCCGCAUAUGACUGGCUGGACUUUGCGAUCGGGUCAGACACGGGCGGGUCGGUGCGGAUCCCGGCGGCUGUAUCUGGGCUGUAUGGGAACCGACCUACGAGCGGAGCCAUCACUCUCGAGAAUGUCAUUCCCAUCUCACCCACUUUUGAUACGCUCGGCGUGCUCGCCAGGGAUCCUCAUCAGUGGACCAACAUCCUCCGACACUGGUAUAACGGUACUGAGGCCAACUUCCAAUCAUACAAUUCCUACCCUAAGAAGCUCAUCUACCCCACCAAUUACAUGCCCCAUGGCUCUCCCGAAGGUCAGGCGAUCAAAGAGGCAUUCAUCACCGCUCUUCAAACCAAGUACGGGAUGCAGCGCGUCGAGGUGGAUUUCCCCGCAGAGAUCGUCAAAGGCGGACAGAACAUCAGCGUCGUCAGUACCGCAUCGAGUCGGAUCAACGGAUGGUAUCAAUACAGCCGGAUUGCUCGCGACCUCAUCGCCAAGUACUCUGCUGCAAACGGCGGCCGUUUCUUGCCUGUCGACACUGCGCGCCGGGCCAACUUCAAGACCUGGGCCGCCAACACGUCGCAAGAGCUGUACGAUCAGUCUCUUCCCGUCAUCGCGGACUAUCGAAGCUGGUUCAAUGAUGAGUUCUUGUCGUACGACAAUCAGACGUGUAGCGAUUCCAUAUUCGUGUACGAUGUGGGGACUGGAGGUCUGCCUUCAUACCGGGAGGCAGUGUUGAAUGACGGUGUCACAGCCAUCACCCCAUUCUCCGACCCUCGGAACAACACCCUCAACCAGGCUCAAGUCUCGCCCUUGUCUGGCUGUGUCGACAUCACUAUCCCCAUCGGCCAGGCGGCAUACAACAGCUCCGUCAGUCUCAUCACCGAGUAUCACCCAGUGACUAUCAGUUUGAUCGCUCGGGCGGGAUGCGACUUCAUGUUACUGAACAUGGUGGAUGAGCUGGCAGAUGCGGGGCUGAUCAAAACGGUAAAGACUGGCCGAACAGCGUAUUGA